AUGUCUGGGUACGGCUACGGUCCGCCCCCCCCGCCUCCUUCGGCGUCGGCUGGUCUUCCUCCAUACGGCCAGCCGACGGUUUCCUACAGUCAUGGCGUGCCCGGUCGUGGCGGAGGAGCUCCUGGAGGUCGCGCUCGCGGGGGUCAGUAUCCCCGUGGCAGAGGUGACUAUCGUCCUACCCCUUACGAAUACCCUCCCCAGGCCUACGCGGCCCAAAACGCGGCCCCCUAUGGCGCAUCGCAUUCGUCGAAUGUCGGCUAUCAGCCUCAUCCGCACCCGCAGCAGUGGGCUCCCGAGCAUGGCCACGGGCCCUCGUCCCAAGGCGCGCACCCUCAUGCUCCGGCGCCCAUCUCGGCCGCCAACUAUCAUCCAAACUACGCCCCUCCCCAACCCUACCCCCCCCCUCAGUACUCCCAGUCGUACGGUGCGCCGCAGCAGUACGCGAACCCUUACCAGGGCCCUCCGCAGCCGGCCGCCACCCACUGGGGUCACCAAGGCUCGCCUCAGCAGGGGCACUAUGCAAACGGUCGCGGCCGAGGAGGCUACGCCGACCGGGCUUCCAAGCACUCUCCGAUGGGAGCGCCGCCUCGUCAGGCCUACGAGCAGAACCCCUCGGCAGGGUCCAUGGGCGGUGCCUUUGGUCAGCCAUAUGCCCAUGACCCCCACUAUGCCCCUUCUCAGUAUCCAUACCUCGGGCCGCCCCCUCCGCCGGCGCCCCUUCAUCAUCACCAAGACGGCCACCAUGGUCAGUACCAUCGUCGUGGCCGGGGUGGCGGGCCCAGGGACGGGGGCCGUGGCCGGGGAGGCUUCCAUCACGGAGGUGGCGGUGGAGACAGAGCUCGUCAUCAGCACCAGAAGCAGCAGGCGCACGCGAAUGGGAACAAGAAAGCAGCCAAGGCCGAGUCGCAAGCCCAGUCUGCGGGCAAGAAGAAGAAGCGAAAGACCAAUACGCUUGGUCUGACGCCUGGCAUGGACUCGGAAUCGGAAGACGACGAAGGGGAGGAGAAGGCGCUCGUGGAUCUUAUUGGGACAGAAACGCUUCAAGUCUCCGACGUGGCCGCCUUCCUGGCGGAGCGUCGCAAAAAUUACCCCACAAAGGCACGCGUCGAGUCCAAGAAGGCGGCCGAGCUGGCGCGCAAGGACGAGGACAAGGCCUCCGAGCUGGAGAAGCAGGCGGACAAGCUUCGGAAGCAGCUCCGCAAGGUCGAGUCAUCCAUCAAGCGGAAGCGUGAGCAGGCGGACGAAGGGGACGAGAUGAGGAACCACUCUCAGGAAUCCGACGACGACGAGAAGCCAGAAGUCAUGUCUUCUCGGACCGAGUCCGCCCCUUCCCUCGCGCCGACGGCCAGGAAGGCCGACGUGUCAAGGCAUUGCAAGUACUACGCCACCGGUGGCACCUGUGGCAAGAAGGGCAAGUGCCGCUUCGUGCACGAUCCCGAGGUCAGAGAGGCGGCGAUGAAGGAGCGCGAGGCCAAUGACGGCCGCAUUACCAUCCAGCAGCGGCUCAUUCUGAACGACAAGGAACAGGAAGAUCUGAGCAUUUUGCAGUCGAUCCAGUACCUGCGGGACAAGGGCUUGAUGAAGUCGGUGCCGAAGCCCCCGACGACGGAUGCCAUGGAUGUGGACGUCAACCAAGUCAAGGAGAAGCACGUCAAGCCUGCAGCCACCAGCCUGCUGCCUGCCGCCCCCGCCUCCCUCCCAGAUCCGCCGGCGAAGCGAGAGGCCGGGACGGCGCGACGCAGCCUUCCGUCUCCAGUCGUCCCCGUUGCCAACAGUGUCGGCAGCCAGGGGUCGGAUAACUACCAAGGCUGGUUGUUGGAGCCGUAUGGCAGCGCCAACGGCAAGCAGUCUAAGAGCGAUGACUUGCCUUAG